AUGCGCCGCGGAGGUGGCUUUGUGAACAAGCCCUUACAUGACCCGAGUGGAGAAUUUGCAAUAGUGUUGUUUGAUCCCACCAUUGAUGACAAGUCCGAGGUCAAGCCGGAAGAGCUCAAGGAAGAAGACAAGCCCAAGCUGGAUACACCACUCAUGCACAAAAGCCUGGCCGAGAUUCUUGGGAUCAAGAAACAAGUCGAAGGCGAAAGACCCAAGGUGCCAGUUGUUAUUGAUCCAAGACUGGCCAAAGUGCUGCGACCUCAUCAAGUGGAAGGUGUGAAAUUCCUGUACCGAUGCACAACAGGCUUGAUCGACGAGAAGGCAAAAGGCUGCAUCAUGGCUGACGAAAUGGGCCUCGGAAAGACUUUGCAGUGUAUCGCCUUGAUGUGGACUCUGCUCAAGCAAUCUCCAGAAGCAGGGAAGUCAACCAUCCAGAAAUGCAUCAUUGCGUGUCCUGCCAGCUUGGUCAAGAAUUGGGCGAACGAACUGGUCAAAUGGCUCGGAGAAGGCGCUAUUAACCCUUUUGCCAUCGAUGGAAAGGCAACGAAAGAGGAGCUUACCUUGCAAUUGAAACAAUGGGCAAUCGCAUCAGGCAGAUCGGUUGCGAGGCCCGUGUUGAUCGUGUCAUACGAGUCACUCCGAUUGAACAUUGAGGAGCUCAAAGACGUCAAGGUUGGCCUAAUGCUGUGUGAUGAAGGUCACCGGCUCAAAAAUGCUGAGAGUGAGACAUACAUGGCGUUGACCGGACUGAACGUGGACAGACGGGUAAUCUUGUCGGGCACACCGAUUCAGAAUGACUUGACUGAGUACUAUGCCCUGCUCGAUUUCGCCAACCCUGGCUAUCUGGGUAGUAAGGCCGACUUCCGCAAGAAGUUUGAGCUGCCCAUCCUGCGUGGUCGCGAUGCAGCAGGUUCCGACACCGACAAGCAGAAGGGUGAAACAGCUAAUGCUGAACUCGGAUCGCUGGUGAAGAAAUUCAUCAUUCGGAGAACCAACGAUAUUCUGUCGAAAUACUUGCCGGUCAAGUACGAGCAUGUUGUCUUCUGCAACCUUGCGCCGUUCCAGAAAGAUCUUUAUAAUCACUUUCUUCAGAGCCCCGACAUCAAAAGUUUGCUCAGAGGCAAGGGCAGUCAGCCUUUGAAAGCAAUUGGGAUCUUGAAAAAGCUGUGCAACCAUCCUGAUCUACUGGAUCUGGAGAAGGAUUUGCCGGGCAGCGAAAAACUGUGGCCGCAUGAUUAUGUCCCCAAGGAAGCUCGAGGCCGAGAUCGAGACGUCAAGUCAUGGUACUCUGGGAAAUUUGCCGUGCUUGAACGUAUGCUUGCACGUAUACGACAAGACACAAACGACAAGAUUGUCCUCAUCAGCAACUACACCCAAACACUGGAUGUGUUUGAAAAGUUGUGCCGAAAUCGAAAUUAUGGAUCCCUUCGACUUGACGGUACAAUGAACGUCAACAAGCGGCAGAAACUUGUUGACAAAUUCAACGACCCCAACGGUGAAGAGUUUAUAUUCUUGCUAAGCAGCAAAGCAGGCGGCUGUGGUAUCAACUUGAUUGGUGCCAAUCGCCUUAUUCUUUUCGACCCUGAUUGGAAUCCUGCAGCUGAUCAGCAAGCUCUUGCCCGAGUCUGGCGAGAUGGCCAGAAGAAAGAUUGCUUCGUCUAUAGAUUCAUGGGCACCGGCACCAUCGAGGAGAAGAUCUUCCAGCGACAAUCUCACAAGCAAGCAUUGUCAUCCACAGUGGUGGAUUCGGCAGAAGAUGUCGAACGCCAUUUUACCUUGGAUUCCUUGCGAGAGCUUUUCCAGUAUCAACCAGAAACGAGAAGCGAUACCCACGAUACAUUCAAAUGCAAGAGAUGCAAGUCAGACGGUGUACAGCAGAUCAAAGCACCCGCAAUGCUUUACGGUGACACCAGUUCUUGGAACCAUUUUGUCAACAAUGGAGAGAAGGGGCCAAUGGGGAAGAUCCAAGACUUGCUUCUUCGACAGGAAGCUUCGGAGGCGGACGUCAGUGCUGUCUUCCAGCUCGAACGUUUUAUCAGAGAAGCGUCUGCUGCCAAAGAGCACGAGAGAAUCCGCAAAACCCUCGAUCAGCUCUGCCAUGACUACGCCUACGCAGUCCAUCUGCCACAUGCCCGUAACGGAGGACUCAUUGGUCUUGCUGCGGCCUCAAUCGCCCUUGGCUCGGAAGAGGUAGCUCGCUACCUGCAUGUGAUAGUACCACCAGUCCUGGCAUGCUUUACAGAUCAAGAUGCCCGCGUUCGUUAUUACGCGUGCGAAGCCAUGUACAAUAUUGCCAAAGUGGCAAAGGGCGAAAUUCUGGUCUUCUUCAACGACAUAUUUGACACUUUAUGCAAGCUCGCAGCAGACUCUGAGCUCUCGGUGAAAAAUGGAGCCGAGCUCCUUGACCGUCUCAUCAAGGACAUCGUAUCCGAAUCGGCGGCUACUUAUGUCUCGGUGCUCGAGCACACUGAUGAAAACGGUGACCCUACUCCUUCCGACAAGGAGCAGGACCAGGAGCGAGCUUUUUCCCUCGAAAGAUUUAUCCCUCUGCUCGAAGAACGAAUCCACGUACUCAACCCGUUCACUAGGACGUUUCUUGUUUCAUGGCUAGUACUUCUCGACGAAAUACCAGAGCUGGAGCUGAUACACCACUUGCCCGCCUUCCUUGGUGGCCUGUUCAAAUUUCUCGGUGACCCCAACAGGGAUGUCUACGUGGCGACACAAGGUCUGCUAGAGCGGUUCCUGAGCGAAAUUAAGCAUAUCGCGAAGGUCAAACGAGGCGUUGCCGAAAGUCGACGGAGUCGAAUGAGCAAUCGAAGACAACGAACCAACAGUCAAAGUGAGAGUGCCACAGCAACCGGAAGUACUGCGCAUGAUAAUGCUAUUGAGGAUUCGGAUCCUGGAAGUGCUCAGGAAGAGUCAGGCGAGGCGGGUGAGGAUGCCGAGGAAGGCGAAGAAGGCGGUGAUUGGAUUGUACCUGGACAAGAUGUUCAAGUUGACUAUACACAGAUAUUGGACAUCCUGCUAAAAUUCGUUGAUGUGUCCUCCAGCAAGGAUUCGGCACCAAGCUUGCGACUUGAAGGACUGUCCAAACAAAAGGAAGAGGAAAUCGGGAUAGUGGCGUUACGAUGGAUCGACAGCUUCUUCGAGAUCAGUCCAGAGGAGAUCCUGCAGUUUGUUCCGCGCCUCUUGUCUCGGGUACUGCCAGCCUUGUCGUCGCAAUCGGAACAAGUUCGAACAACAGCCAGCAAGGUCAAUAGGUCAUUGAUGGACUACAUUGUGAGCUUCCAAGAUGCAGUCUCCAACGACGAGGACAGCCCACCCGCGCUAAACAACCAUGCUCUGAACUCAACGCGAGAUGGGGACUCGGACAACAAAAGACAGUCAGGGGCAACAUCAAGAAGCAUAGCGACUUCUGCCACGAUAAAGGAAAAUGAGGCUUCUGAGGCUCCAGCUGAACCCGAGCAAUCACCUCCUGAAGUAACACCAAGAUCCACUGCAGCACCUUCACCACAACCCAUGGCAGACCUGGACUACGCUGCUGCAGUCAAUGCCCUGACUUUGCAGUUUCUCAAUCAGAACGAGGAGACACGAGUAGCGGCAUUGAGCUGGUUGAUCAUGCUACACCGCAAGGCUCCCAAAAAAGUACUCGCAUUCAACGACGGCACAUUUCCCGCUCUGCUUAAGACGCUUUCCGACCCUGCUGAAGCCGUCGUGACGCGCGAUUUGCAACUGCUCUCUCAGAUCUCCAAGAACAGUGAAGACGGCUACUUUACCUCGUUCAUGGUCGCCCUGCUGCAGUUGUUCUCCACGGAUCGCAAGCUGCUGGAAAUUCGAGGCAACUUGAUCAUUCGUCAGUUGUGCAUCAACUUGCAGCCGGAGCGGAUCUACAGGACCCUGGCAGACUGUCUCGAGAAGGACGAGGACAUCGAGUUCGCCAGUAUCAUGGUCCAGAACCUGAACAACAACCUGAUCACCGCGCCAGAAUUGGCUGAGCUGAGGAAGCGACUUCGCAACCUCGAAAGCAAAGACGGCCAGAUGUUCUUCGUCGCCCUUUUUCGCGCUUGGUGUUACAAUGCCGUCGCUACAUUCUCAUUGUGCUUGCUCGCUCAAGCGUAUGAGCAGGCUUACAACCUGUUGCAGAUAUUUGCGGACCUGGAAAUGACUGUCAACAUGCUGAUACAGAUCGACAAACUGGUGCAGCUGCUCGAGAGUCCGGUGUUCACAUAUCUCCGUCUGCAACUUCUCGAGCCCGAUCGGUAUCCGUAUCUAUACAAGUGCCUCUACGGCCUGCUCAUGCUGCUCCCGCAGUCCUUUGCGUUCGGCACGUUGAAGAACCGCCUCAACAGCGUCUCGGCAAUAGGCUUGCUGCACACGCCUGCAUCGAUGCCGAGCAGACCAAGUGUCGUGGCUGGCAUGUCCUCACCUGCGGUACCGUCGGGAGCCUCGGGGGCUGUCACAGGUCGUCUCAAUCGCACGCGCGACUCGACGAGCAAUAAUGAAGUCAAGUGGCCUGAGUUGCUUGACAAGUUCAAGCAGACUCAAGAACGGGCGCGGCGACGAAAUGAACGACUCCUGCGUGGCAUGGACGCAGAUGUGUCUUCGAGCGGACCGCCAUCCCGGGGUCUGCUUGACGGCGGUGAGGGUGGGAGAACCAGUCGCGCCAGUAUCCGCUCGGAUGCGGAUGGACGAGUUGGCGGGACUAGAGGAGCUGGCCGUCCGCUGAGUAUGACGGGUGGUGCAGCGGGCGGUGGUGCAGGAGCAGGAGCUGAGAGGCCGCCGCAUAAGCGAGGACACAGCCUUGCUGGGGGACUGGGGAAGUUUGCUAGUGGGCUUUCCAGGGCGGGUGGUGCAAGUCGUGACCGGGACAAGAACAAGAAGUAA